AUGACGAGAAGCGGCUCCCUAGCUUCAGCUUUGAGGCCAGGAAAGCAGUCCCUUCCGGCUCGCAAUCUCCAGGCCACCCGCGGCAUCUCGACCUCGACGCCGAAGUUGGUCGCGAUGCCCAAGGACGUGCAGAAUAUGAGAAUGGCUCCCCGCGACCACAUUGGUGAGCUCAAGGCGCCAAUUUUCAACCCUGCCGACAAGUACCAGAGCAAGUCCGACAACAUGCACCGCUACGGCGCCUGGGUGAUGGGCUGCCUUCCGAAAUACGUCCAGCAAUUCUCCGUUUGGAAGGAUGAGCUUACCAUUUAUAUUUCUCCCGCUGGUGUCAUUCCCACCUUUACGUUUCUCAAAUACAACACCGCCGCCGAAUUUACGCAAGUCAGCACCGUUACUGCUGCCGAUUAUCCCACCCGCGACAAGCGCUUCGAAGUUGUGUACAACCUGCUCUCCAUCCGCCACAACUCCCGCAUCCGAGUCAAGACCUAUGCGGAUGAGACCUCUGCUGUUCCCAGCAUCACCAGUCUCUUUGACGGCGCCAACUGGUACGAGCGUGAGGUCUACGACUUGUACGGCGUCUACUUCACCGGCCACCCGGAUCUGCGCCGAAUUAUGACCGACUACGGUUUUGAAGGUCACCCUCUUCGCAAGGAUUUCCCCCUUACCGGCUACACCGAGAUUCGAUACGACGAGGAGAAGAAGCGCAUCGUCACGGAACCGCUGGAGCUGACCCAGGCCUUCCGUAACUUCGAAGGGGGCUCCAGUGUUUGGGAGCAAGUGGGCAAGGGAGAAGACCGCAAGCCCGAAUCUUUCAAGCUUCCUACGCCGAAACCCGAAGAAAAGAAAGAGGAGCCUAAGAAGUAG